AAAGAAAAGAAGAAGGGUGGGUUUGUGGGGGAUUAAAUGAUUCAAAACUACAUAUUCCCGCGAAAAAACAAUAGUCGGGUGGUUUGAUGGAUCAAAGAAACAAACUCACCAAAGCUCUGAUCAAGAACACCCACAAUCCCACAUUGGCAUGGCAUCUCUUCAAACGCAUCCUUUCCAUUCCAACCUCUUCGUCUUCCAUCUCCUCCCGUUCCAUUCUUCGCUCGAUUCCCAUAAUCACCCAUAUCCUAAUUCGCGCCAAAAUGAUCUCCCAAAUCGAUCAUCUCCAACAACUCCUCCUUCAACAACCCCAAGAAGUUUCCCACGUUUCCCUUAUCGCUCUUAUUCGCAUCUUAGCGAAAUCGGGCCUUUCUGAUUUGGCAUUUUCCCAAUUUCAAUCCUUUCGGAGCCAGGUUCCUGCAAAUCCUCCCCCAGUUUAUCUCUAUAAUAUGGUUCUUGAGUCCUCUCUUCGUGAAGAUAAGGUGGAUUCCUUUUCGUGGUUGUAUAAGGACAUGGUUGUUGCUGGGGUUUCCCCGGAAACUUAUACUUUGAAUCUUUUGAUUGCUGGGCUCUGUGAUUCAGGUCGGUUCGAGGAUGCCCGGGAGGUGUUUGAUAAAAUGGGUGUAAAAGGGUGUAGACCUAAUGAGUUCAGUUUUGGGAUUUUGGUUCGUGGGUAUUGCAGGGCAGGGCUGAGUAUGCGAGCUUUGGAGCUUUUAGAUGGGAUGGGGAGUUUUGGGGUUCAACCUAAUAAGGUCAUAUAUAAUACUUUGAUUUCUAGUUUUUGUAGGGAAGGGAGGAAUGAAGAAGCUGAGAGAUUGGUGGAGAGGAUGAGAGAGGAUGGUCUGUUUCCUGAUGUUGUUACUUUCAAUUCUAGGAUUUCUGCUCUUUGCAGUGCUGGAAAGAUUCUUGAAGCUUCUAGGAUUUUCAGAGACAUGCAGAUAGAUGAGGAGUUGGGGUUGCCUCGGCCAAAUAUCACAACAUUCAAUCUAAUGCUGGAGGGAUUUUGCAAGGAAGGGAUGUUGGAGGAAGCGAAGACCCUGGUUGAGUCUAUGAAAAGAAAUGGCAAUCUUAUGGAGUUAGAGAGCUAUAAUAUAUGGCUGUUGGGUUUGGUAAGGAAUGGAAAACUGUUAGAGGCACAAUUGGCGCUUAAAGAAAUGGUAGAUAAGGGCAUAGAACCAAACAUUUACUCUUUCAACACAGUGAUGGAUGGACUUUGCAAGAACGGAUUGAUCUCUGAUGCAAGAAUGAUUAUGGGGUUAAUGAUCAGUAGUGGAAUUGGUCCUGAUACAGUAACUUAUAGUACUUUACUCCAUGGAUGCUGUAGCACAGGGAAGGUACUCAAAGCCAAUAAUAUUCUGCAUGAGAUGAUGCGGAGGGGCUGUUCUCCAAACACCUAUACUUGCAACAUCUUGCUGCACAGUCUAUGGAAAGAGGGGAGGAUAUUUGAAGCAGAGAAAUUGCUGCAAAAGAUGAAUGAGAGAAGUUAUGAUUUGGAUAAUGUAACCUGCAAUAUUGUCAUUGAUGGUCUAUGCAAAAGUGGAAAAUUGGAUGAAGCAGUUGAAAUUGUCGAAGGGAUGUGGAUUCAUGGAAGUGCUGCUCUUGGCAACUUAGGAAAUUCAUUUAUUGGUCUAGUGGAUAGCAGUAGUAAUGGGAAGAAAUGCCUGCCCGAUUUGAUCACGUAUUCAAUCAUAAUCAAUGGAUUAUGCAAAGCUGGUAGGCUUGAUGAAGCUAGAAAGAAGUUCAUUGAGAUGGUGGGUAAAAGCCUGCAUCCUGAUUCGAUUAUUUAUGAUACUUUCAUUCAUAGUUUCUGUAAACAUGGAAAAAUAUCAUCAGCAUUUCGUGUUCUCAAGGAUAUGGAGAAAAGAGGUUGCAACAAGAGCUUGCAGACUUAUAAUUCAUUGAUCUUGGGCUUAGGAAGUAAGAAUCAAAUAUUUGAAAUCUAUGGGCUGCUGGAUGAUAUGAAAGAAAAAGGAAUCACUCCUAACAUUUGCACUUAUAAUAAUAUGAUUAGCUGUCUCUGUGAAGGAGGGAGAAUUAAAGAUGCCACUUCUUUGUUAGAUGAAAUGCUGCAAAAGGGCAUUUCCCCUAAUAUUUCUUCCUUCAGAUUAUUAAUUAAAGCUUUCUGCAAAGCAAGUGAUUUUGGCGUGGUAAAAGAAGUGUUUGAAAUUGCUUUGAGUAUAUGCGGCCACAAGGAAGCUCUUUAUAGUUUAAUGUUCAAUGAGUUACUUAUUGGAGGAGAAGUCUCAGAAGCUAAGGAACUAUUUGAUGCUGCUUUAGAUAGAUGUUUUGAUCUAGGAAAUUUCCAGUAUAAUGAUCUCAUUGAAAAACUUUGUAAGGAUGAAAUGUUAGAGAAUGCAAGUGAUAUUCUCCAUAAGAUGAUUGAUAAGGGGUAUAGGUUUGAUCCUGCAUCUUUUAUGCCAGUGAUUGAUGGUCUGGGUAAAAGGGGAAAAAAACAUGAUGCUGAUGAACUUGCAGAAAGAAUGAUGGAUAUGGCUUCAGAGGGUAUGGUGGAAAAUAAGAUUACUAGAAAUGAGAGUGCAUUCAACCGUCAGAAACGAAACAAAUUCAGUGGAAGUGAUUGGCAAACAAUAAUACACAGAGAUGAUGGCAGUGGACUAGCAUUGAAAGCACUUAAGCGAGUACAGAAAGGCUGGGGUCAAGGAAGUAUCUCAAGUCUGCAACCUCAGAAAAAUGACUUUCUUGAUUACUGGGAGGGAACUAAUUAAAUUUCUUGGUUCCUUGAGGUCAACACUCAAGAUUUGGAACAAAUUGAAAGGAUUGGAUCUAUGAGAAGAUUGAAGACCCUUUUAUUAGUACCUAGGGUACUAAGGGUGAGGUCCAUUUUUUCAUCAGAUACGAUGAAAGAGAGGAUGCACUAGACAGUUACAACAACGUAGUCAAUGAGCAACCAACCGACCUUAUCUAGGGAGCACUGAAGCAGAAUUAUUCUGGGUUUUCCCUCAUUCAUUGUAAACAAGGCCAUCUUAAAACAUGUUUCUUGCAAUUGAAUUAAUCGCUUCCUGAUGUGCCUGGCAUCAUCUUGAACAACACUACUGCUUUCGUGAGGAAGGUAAUUAAAGUUCCAUUGUAAUAGCAUUGUAUUUUUGUUUUCCAAAAGAGUAAUGAAGUUGGAAAGAGUAUUAAUGCAAGAAUAUUAGAUGCCAAUUGCUCAAAUACAGUCCAGUGUAACUUCAAUAUGCCCAAAAUGGUGGACUUUGUUGGAAUGUCAGAAUGAUACACUGCAAGUAACUUAAUGCAUCAUUUUUUACAGUUCCUCCCACCUCCCUGGACUGCAAGCUCUCACACACGCAAGAGAAUGAUACACUGCAAGUAACUGGAUAUAGAUAUAUAUAGUUCCGUUGUAUUCUUUUUCCCCCUUUUUUUGUCAUUUGCAGGUGGGUUUGCAUGCGGUUGGUCCAUCUGACAUAUACUUACCGAGAAACAGCAAGCACACCAGCCUUACGCUUUUUCUGCUACUGAUAGGCUAACUGUAGAGAACUGUUUUUCUUCAAAUAAAAUUUCACUAUUCGGUUAUAUGGAGUUCCUUGUGACAGAUAUUUGGUGAUCUUUAUCCGUUCUAAUGAUAAUCGUGGUGUAAUUUUCCAGUAUCAACUUCAUUUGGUCUUGGCUCAUGUAAUAAUACUUGCGAUGGUAAAUGCCUGUGCAAUGCAGCAAAAUGAGGAGAUUGUUCCUCGAGUGUA